CUGAAGACGGUUGCCUGGUGUCAUUAGCAAGCGGCAAGUAUGGCGGUGGCGCGAGUCGACGGGGCUCUGGCUCCGGGAGAAGGGUCAGUGGUGAACUGGUCAGGCCAGGGACUGCAGAAAUUAGGUGCCAACUUGCCCUGUGAAGCUGAUGUCCACACCUUGAUUCUGGAUAAAAAUCAGAUUAUUAAACUGGAGAAUCUAGAGAAAUGCAAACAGUUAAUCCAGUUGUCAGUGGCUAACAAUCGCUUGGUUCGGAUGAUGGGUGUGGCCAAACUAACUCAACUCCGAGUGUUAAAUUUACCUCAUAAUAGUAUUGGCUGCAUGGAAGGCCUGAAGGACCUUGUCCAUUUGGAGUGGCUGAAUUUAGCGGGCAAUAAUCUGAAGACCAUGGAGCAAAUCAAUAGCUGCCCAGCUCUUCAACACCUUGACUUAUCAGACAAUAACAUACCCCAGAUAGGUGAUGUAUCGAAACUGAUAUCUUUGAAGACCUUGCUUUUACAUGGAAACAUCAUCACUUCUCUUAGAAUGGCACCUGCUUAUCUACCCAGAAAUCUUUCUAUAUUGUCUUUGGCAGAAAACGAAAUCCGAGACUUAAAUGAGAUCUCGUUUUUGGCCUCUUUAAGUGAACUGGAGCAGUUGUCAAUCAUGAACAAUCCUUGUGUGAUGGCAACCCCGUCCAUUCCAGGCUUUGACUAUCGGCCAUACAUCGUCAGCUGGUGUCUAAAUCUCAGAGUACUUGAUGGAUACGUGAUAUCUCAGAAGGAAAGUCUGAAGGCUGAAUGGCUCUAUAGUCAAGGCAAGGGGAGAUCGUAUCGGCCUGGUCAGCACAUCCAGCUUGUCCAGUACCUGGCUACUGUCUGUCCUCUUAUUUCUGCCCUGGGUCUUCAAACUGCAGAGGAUGCCAAACUCGAGAAGAUUCUGAGCAAACAGAGGUUUCACCAGAGGCAGCUGAUGAGCCAGAGCCAAGAUGAAGAGUUGUCUCCUCUUGCUGCUGUUGAGACAAGGGUGCACCGUACGUCUGAGUGUUCAAGCCCCGGGCAAGACUUCCAGGAAAGUGAACCUGUCCUCCAAAUCAAUUCUUGGGUUGGCGGCAGCAGUAAUGAUGAUCAGUUAUACGCUAUUAAGAAUAACUUCCCAGCUGCUGCACAUGCUGCAAGAUAUUCUCGGAACGACCUUCACCUGGAAGACAUACAGACAGAUGAGGACAAACUGAACUGUAGUCUGCUCUCUUCAGAGUCCACUUUCAUGCCAGUUGCAUCGGGACUGUCUCCAGUGUCUCCCACGGUUGAACUGAGGCUACAGGGCAUUAACUUGGGCCUCGAGGGGGAGGAUGGUGCAGAUGAGUUCACAAAAGGGCUGGAAAACCAGGGCUCGGAUAAGGACAAGGAAAAGUCUUUAUGGGAUAUGAGUGAGAGCUCUGUUGAAAUGCUGAAAUGUAAGAUCAGCACAGAAGUAAAUGAGGAAGCUGGGCUGCUGCCUUGUCCCAAGUCAGUGAUCAUCAGUGCUAUCUUGAAGGAGGAUACCCACAGUCUUACAUCUCUUCCUGAGUCAGCUGGACACAGUGCGUCCCACACAGAACCAAACAGUGAAGAAGUCAUGUCUCCUGCCACUUCAGAGAAAUUUCCCUGCAGGAUUUUGACCCAGAGACCUGCUGCUUUGGGACAAGAUAAAGUCACCCUUCAGAAACUGAAUGCAGCUGCCACUAAGCUUCAGGCCUGUUGGAGAGGCUUUUACACCAGGAGCUACAAUCAACAAGCCAAAGGGGUACGCUAUGAAAUCCGGCUACGCAGAAUGCAGGAGCACAUUGUCUGCCUAACAGAUGAAGUGCGCAGGUUAAGAAAAGAAAGAGAUGAAGAACGUGUGAAGAAUUUUGUGCAAGAAGAGGCUGUCAGGUUCCUUUGGAACGAGGUAAGAUCUCUACAAGCUUGGCAGCAGACAGUGGAGCAGCGGCUGGUUUCCUGGCAUACUGAUGUGCCUCCUAUAUCAAGUACUCUGGUGUCACCUAAGCCUCCGUUAUUUCCACAACAUCAGGACCCCUCUUCGGAUCAGAGUUCGAAUUGGCUCAUUGCUGAGGAUGAAGCUGCUCAAGGGAGAUCAGUGCCAGACUUUCCCGACUCUGGGUUUCACUCCUCCCUGACAGAGCAAGUUCCCUGUCUGCAGGACUCUUUGGAUUUUGAAAAGAGUUCGAUAGAAAGCAGCGAAAACUCUGUGUUGGGGAAUUCGGUUGACACGGUGAAAUGUGUCAAAGCCGGGAACUCAGAGGCCACAGCCGAGGAGCACAGUGACUGCAGUAGGGAGAGCUCUGUCAGUGAGCAGGACAACACCUUGCUCCAACAGUAUUUAACCUCGGUCCAGCAGCUGGACGAUGCUGCUGAGGCGGCAGAAUCUGACGAUGUGGCAGGAGACGGUAAGCGUCACCUCGCUUGUUCUCCGGAAAGAUUAGACGCCUCCUCUGACAGCGAGACUCAUAGAGUGGCUCCUGCUUUACAGGAUGAAAUUA